AUCUCCAUUGCCAGUCCAGUGAAAUGCCGGCCUAGCUAUAAAUACGCGCCUAGCUCUCAUAGCCAUCUUCCUCACCACCGAUCGAUCCAGAGUAGCCAACUUAACCAAAUUUACUGUACGUUGACCACCAGCUAGCUAGCUUAGCUAGCGACGAUGGCCCGGGCAUACAUGGCUGUCGCCGUGGCCCUCUUCUUGGUGGUCGUGUGCGCCGCCGUCUCCGAGGCCGCGAAGCCGCCGGCGUCGCAUCCCAGGCUGCCGCCCAACUACCACAUGAUCAACCCGGGGAGCUCGGGCUUGGGCAAGAGGGACCAGGAGCUGUCGUGCGCCGACACCAAGGGCAAGAAGAAAGGAUGCAUGGCCAAGUGCGACAAGCGCUGCCCCAACCAAUGCAUCGUCAUGUGCCCCAGCUGCAAGACCUUCUGCAUGUGCGACUUCUACCCCGGCGUGUCGUGCGGCGACCCGCGGUUCACCGGCGGCGACGGCAACAACUUCUACUUCCACGGCAAGAAGGACCACGACUUCUGCAUCGUCUCCGACGCCGACCUCCACAUCAACGCCCACUUCAUCGGCAAGCGCAACCCCACCAUGAGCCGCGACUUCACCUGGAUCCAGGCCCUCGGCAUCCGCUUCGCCGACCACCGCCUCUACAUGGGCGCCCUCAAGACCGCCAAGUGGAGCAGCGACGUCGACCGCCUCGAGCUCGCCUUCGACGGCGCGCCCGUCGACGUUCCAGCUCAGCUCGACGCGCGAUGGGAGUCCGCCGCCGUUCCAGGCCUCACCGUCACCAGGACCGCCGCCACCAACGCCGUCAGGGUGCAGCUCGCCGGCGUGUUCGACAUCAUGGCCAACGUGGUGCCCAUCACCGAGCAUGACUCGCGCAUCCACAACUAUGGCGUCACCGAGGAGGACAGCCUCGCUCACCUCGACCUCGGCUUCAAGUUCUACGACCUCUCCGACGACGUCCAUGGCGUGCUCGGCCAGACCUACCGCUCCGACUACGUCAACAAGCUCAGCGUCAGCGCCAGCAUGCCGGUCAUGGGCGGCGCACCAAGCUACGUCGCCUCCGACAUCUUCUCCGCCGACUGCGCCGUCGCCAGGUUCGGCCACCGCGCCGGCAUCACCAUGGUCACUGCCAGGGCCAGUUAAAUUUGCUUGUAUGCUUCAAGCUUGAUCGUUGACAGCUCUUAUCGUGUACCCAAUCAAGCAUUAAUAGAGCUAGACACUGGAAUAAGUUUAUUUUCAGGUUGAGGGAAACAUACCAGUCAUCAAUCAAUAUAGGACUCAAAUCAUUUGAUA